CAGAGCUAGCCAACCGAGCUAAUUAUCACAACAUGAACGUAUUUCUGCCUCCUGCCUCCAGUUUAUCCUGACAGAACAAUCUCAUCGAGUUUCAAAACAACAAAAUCUGGGGUAUGAGCUGGAAUAAAUGCGUUCAUCUUAAAAUCCUGAGAAAUGAACAACACUGUGGCGUUAUUCUCCUGCUCCUUAUGUCCUCUUUCCUACACAUCUCAAAUUGACCUUGAUGACCACAUCGAGACAUGCCACUAUGAGAAAUCAGGAGAAAUUAAAUAUGAAAACAUGAUGCCCACUGGAUGCUCCAGUAGUGAGCAGAGCACUUUACCGACUACCAGCAAUCACAAACCACUUGAGGAAGAUCUUCACCAAUACCCAGUCUGUGGGAACAGUUUUACUCAAGAGAUUGAUAUCAAAACACACCAACCGCUCCUUAUAGGAGAGAAGCCAUAUCACUGUUUGGAGUGUGGGAAGGGUUUUAAUCACCGGAAUACUCUCCGACAACACCAGCGUAUUCACACGGGUGAGAAGCCGUACCACUGCUCAGUGUGUGGGAAGAGUUUUAAUCACCACACUAAUCUCCAAACACAUCAACGAAUUCACACAGGAGAGAGACCGUAUCAGUGCUCAGAGUGUGAGAAGGGCUUUACUCACCACAGUGCUCUCCAACGACACCAGCUCAUUCACACUGGUGAGAAGCCGUACCACUGCUCGGAGUGUGGGAAGAGUUUCAAUCGGCAAACCAAUCUCAAAACACACCAGCGCAGCCACACCGGAGAGAAGCUGCAUCAGUGCAAGCAAUGCGGAAAAAGUUUUUCUCACAGAAGUGCGCUCCAAACACACCAGCGCAUUCACACGGGAGAGAAGCCAUAUAAUUGCUUACAAUGUGGCAAGGGCUUUGCACAACUGGGUCAUCUUAAACAGCACCAGAACGUUCACUCAGGAGAAAAGCCGUAUAGUUGUUUAUACUGUGGGAAGGGUUUUGCGCAAGUCGGCCAGCUUCAAAAACACCAGACUGUUCACACGGGAGAGAAGCCAUACCGCUGUUCGCAGUGUGGAAAGAGUUAUACUCAGCCGAGCACUCUCCAAAUACAUCAGCGUAUUCAUACGGGAGAGAAGCCGUAUCAGUGUUCGCAGUGUGGGAAGAGUUUUACUAAAAGAGGCACUCUGAAGGCACACCAGCGCAUUCACACAGGAGAGAGACCCUAUCAGUGCUCUCAGUGCGGGAAGAGUUUUACACACCUGCUUAGUCUCCAAAUACACCAGCGCAUUCACACGGGAGAGAGGCCAUAUCACUGCUUACAAUGUGGGAAGAGCUUUAUUCGCCGAACUUCUCUCCAAAUACAUCAGCGCAUUCAUACGGGAGAGAAGCCGUACGUCUGCUCACAGUGCGGGAAGAGUUUUAAUCAGCUGAACACUCUCAAAAUACAUCAGCGCAUUCACACGGGAGAGAAGCCGUACGUCUGUUCACAGUGUGGGAAGAGUUUUAAUCAGCUGAACACUCUCAAAACACACCAGCGCAUUCACGCGGGAGAGAACUCUGAUGCACUCGAUGCAUGAGUGCAGGAAGGGUUUUAUUGAAGGCGUACCCUGCUUUAUAUCUAGGAUUGGAAUCAGCCAGGUACAAUAAACACUGGCUGAGCACAUAUUUAAACCAAAAACCAGCCAGUUACAAGAUAUAGCAGAUCAAUUGCCCAUUCUUAUGUUAUGCUCACAAGACCGAGAAAUGCUCCGUUCACUAAAAUGGCUGCUUCCUGGUGUUCAUGUAGUGCUGCAUAAAAUACUAAUUAAUUUCUCUUCAGUGACCAUUUUCUCCUCGUCAGGGUUAUGGUGCUUUAAAUUGGUCCAAAUUUGCGAAUUUGUUAUCGCAGAAAUUAACGCAAAAUCCACACUGUUUGGAGGAACAUGAAUUUUUUCUAAAAUUGCCGUCAUGUGCCGUCAUCCCAACGCUCAUUCAGCCAAAACCCUCUUUGAUUAAUGUGCACCGAACAUGAGUACAACUUGUUUCUUGUUUACCAACAAACAUCACUGCAAAAGGCAAUUUCGUGUGAUUGCGAUUUCGCCAAUUCAAGUAGUUUUCCGCAAACUGAAAAACUGUUCUGAAGUUAGUUAUAAGCACAAAUGUGCUUUUUCCAUAUCUCAUGACCACUAGGUGGUGCUGUUCCGAAACGCUGCAGCUAACCACAGGGCAUAAUGCUGAUGACAAAUAUUAAGUUUACCAAAAAAUACCAAGCUUCAUCACAAUCCCUCAAAGCGUUUCGGAGAUAUACCCUCACGUCCAUUUUGGCGUGCUCGCCAUCAAAUUCGUUGACGCCCCAUUCGAAAAUGGUAUGGUUUAUCAAAAUUCUGUGAAUAAAUUUUUGUUGUAAGAGUCUCUAGAUGAUUCACCCCAUUUUUCGGGCAAAUUGGAUGGAUGAAAACAAUCAGGGUCAAGCCCCGAAAUUAAUAAUAACUGUAUGAUUGGAUUGGUCAAACUCUACUCUAGAGCAAUCACAUAAUUGAUUCAUCACUAACCUCCCCUGAUCUCUUCAGUUUAUGUCGUCUUUAACACACCUUUUCUGUCUAAGGUUACCUGCUUUCUACUUGUUCCUCUCAGAUGGUGGAUAUGUUUUCAUUUUGGACUUGUCACAUUUGAAAGCACUGAAGAUGAUGUUUUAAGGACUGAAACAUUCUUAUCUGGUGUAGAUUUCUUUCUUUCUUUAUAUUAGACUAUGUAAUGAUGUAAAUAUUGCACAGUGUGUCGCUACCCUGCUGUGGGUUUAAGAAAGAAUACAGCAGUUCACAUCUUCACUGGGAAAAUAAGGCAGAGAACAUUUACCCCAUUCAUCUUCAAGCUACAAUUGCUGUCUGUUAAUGUCUGCAUUGACUAUAAAGUCCUGCCUGUGAUGUUUAAAUUCAAUCCAGUUUUAUUUAUAUAUCAUUUUUAACAAUGGACAUGGUCACAUUCAUUGUCAAAGCUCUGACUGGCUUCAGUUCUGGAGAACCUUGCUGAUCUCCUGAAACAGUAUUACUCACUAUUACUGAGCUCUUCACUCAGCUGAGACAGUCCUCCUGUGGAAGUCAUUUUCAUAGUUUUAUUUUAGUAGUCAUUAGUGUCAUUCAUGUAGAUUGUUUUCAUCAAAGUGUCUUGCUACAUAUACUGUGUUUUGAUUGUGUAAUGUUGUGUAUAGGGGUUUGAAAUGAAAAUGAAAAGUGUUAAAGCAGUAAUAUUUUUUCCUUUUUUUAUAAUAAUAAUAAUAAUUAUAAUAAUAUAUUAUUAUUAUUAUUAUUAUUAUUAUUAUAGCUGUAGUAGUGUUAGCAGUAGUAGUAUUCACCACUGAAUACGUGUUUUGCAAACAACUUGUCAGUAAUUAUUGGUUUAUUUAUUAAAGAACAACAAAUUUUUAUAAUCCUUAGUAACAGUUUGUUCCCUCCCCUGCAUUUCUUUUUUUUUAAAGCUGAUAACUAGAGAGAUGCAGUUAGUUACAUAGCAGAGAAACCGCAAACCCCCGUUAAUAAUGUAGAGUUUGCAGAAUUAUUUACCUAACAAAAUCAUAAAGCACUGACCCUCCUGCAGAGCACCAUUAAACUGAUUAUUAUAAAACAUAUAUAAUAUAAAUACUUUUGGAGCUAGGCAGCAUUCCAAUACAUUUUGAGCUAGGCAGCAUCCCAGUAUUUUUUAUGUUAGACAGCGUUCAAAUACUUUUGGGGAGAGACCGUGUUCCAGUACUUUUGGAGCUAUACAGCAUCCCAGUACAUUUGGAGCUAGAUGGCGUCCCAGUACUUUUGGAGCCAGGUGAUGUCCCAAUACUUUUGGUGCUAGACAGCAUUCCAAAACUUUUGGAGCCAGAAAGUGUUCCAAUAUUUUUGGAGUUAGGCAGUAUCCCAGUAUUUUUGGAGCUAGACCGUGUCCCAAUACUUUUGGAACUAGGAAGUGUCCCAGUACUUUUGGAGCUAGGCAGCGUUUCCAGUACUUUUGGAGCUAGACAGUGUCACAAUUCUUUUGGAGAUAGGAAGUGUCCCAGUACUUUUGGAGCUAGACAGCAUCGCAAUUCUUUUGGAGCUAGGAAGUGUCCCAGUACUUUUGGAGCUAGAAAGGGUCCCAGUACUUUUGCGGCCAAACAGUGUCCCAAUAAUUUUGGUGCUAGACAGCGUCCCAUACUUUUAGGCUUCAGGCCGUGUGCACUCAGGUGUGUGAGUUUUGACAGUUUGAGCCAAGCUCUGAACAUUUUUGAACAGUUUUUGGGAAAUUGCAUUCCUCCUGGAUUUUUAACAUUUAUUGACGGAAUUUUAACCUUAAACUUCCACACACACACAAAUCACUAAAGACCUUAAUAUUCUGUUUGUGUACUAAACAUUUAUGUUAUAAACACAAAUAAAUCACUAAAUUCUCAGUAGUAUCUCAGUUUAAUGUAGUUUCACUAUCUGUCCUUAUUUAUCAUAUAUUUUAAUAGAGAAAAUAACAGGAGAGUUGUGGACAUUCUUUCAUGCACACAUUAUGAAAAAACAUAUUUGUGUAUGGUUUUAUUACUCAGUAAUUGCAUCCUAAUUAUUUCCAAUAUUAUUAUUCAAUUCAGAGGAAUUAAAUCAGAGAGGUAAAGCAUUACUGCUGAAAAAUAUACCAAUCAGCCAUAAUAUUAAAACCUUCUGCCUGAUACUGUGUAGGUCCUCCUCUCCUUGUGCCACCAAAACAGCUCUGACCCGUCGAGGCCUGGACUCCACAAGACCUCUGAAGGUGUGCUGUGGUUUCUGGCACCAAGACAUUAGCAGCCGGUCCUUUAAGUCCUGUAAGUUGUGAGGUGGAGCCUCCGUGGAUCGGACUUGUUUGUCCAGAACAUCCCACAGACGCUCGAUCGGAUUAUCUGGGGAAUUUGGAGUCCAAGUCAACACCUUGAACUCUUUGUCAUGUUCUUCAAACUGUUCCUGAACAAUGUUUGCAGUGUGUCAUGGAGCAUUAUCCUGCUGAAAGAUGGAAUCGGACCAGACAGACUAGGAUUCACUCCUCACGCACAUCAGUGAGCCCAUGACCCUGUCACCGGUUGUCCUUCCUUGGAGCACUUUUGGCAGGUGAACAUGGACCAGAGCAUUGCUGUUUCAAAUUCCACAGAAAUCCAGACUCUGUAAGACUCAUUACAGAGUAUAAAGUAACACAUAUCAACUGUACAAAUCCUGGAGUCAUUUUUACUCUAAAGUACGAUCAUCGUGUGUGUGCAGAUCGCGGGGUUGAGUGGGUGAAACAGGCCAUGGAAAGAUUUGACCAGCGUCUGUUUGAAAAAAACAAUUAUCAGGGGUAAAAUCCUUUCUUCAGCCUAAUUAUUAGAUGAAUUAGUAACAGAAUAAAGAUUUUUCUUAUAAAUCAUCUUUAAACAUAAAGAAUUACUUGAAUGCUGUAAUCCUGAUUUUUGUGCAGGUUAAAGUUUCAGUUUAAUAUUCAUUAUUUCCAUGUUUUUUGUUGAAUUAAAAGCACAUUAUUAUGAAUGAAUGUUUGUUGUAUUCAGUAAGAUUUAAAUGUCACUCGAAACUAUAUGUAAAUAAUCUCUUUCCAUGAUUUACACAAAUAAAACCUGUUAUAAAUACUCCUCAAGCAAAUAUCAUUCCAUCAUGUGUUAUUGAAUACUACAACGCUGAUAAGUGAUAGGGAAUAUAAAUUAUAAAGCGUCGUUCCCUCGCCCGCCUCUAUAGUCUCUCUAUUCUAUUUAUUCCCUCUCAAUUCUCUUCAUUCUCUCUUGAAGUUAAUAAGAUAAAAAUAUGCAGCUUGUCGUGUUACUGAGAAACCACAAUGAAGCGUAAACUCCUCUG